AUGUGCCUCUGGGGGGGGUACCUCCUCGUCGACUCGGUUGCGACGCAGUCGGACGCCUUCCUGCGCGGCUUCGAGUCGGAGCUCGAGCUGCUGCUGUGCGGCUCGCCAAAUCUCGACUUCGAGGCGCUGGAGCGGGUGACGCAGUACGACGACGGCUUCUCCUGUGACAGCCCGUGCAUCGCGCUGCUGUGGGAGGUGAUCCACGAGCUGCCGCUCGAGAUGAAGAAGAAGUUCCUCUUCUUUUGCACCGGCUCGGACCGGGUGCCAAUCAAGGGGCUCGGCAACCUCUCCUUCGUCAUCUCGCGCAACGGCUCCGACGAGGAGCGACUCCAGUCGGCGACUCACACCUGA